GUCAGCUGAGAGCUCAGCCUGUUGCUCAUAACCUUCACAGACAGACGGACGGACAGACAGUACCACCGCCGUGACAGUGGAGUAGAGAGUGGAACAUUUCACAGUCUCUGGUAAGACUGUUUACCUCCGGAGGGUUGAGGACGAUUCGCAGUUUGAGUUCAGGAUGGAGACGUAUGAUGAGAAAACAAACACAUGUGGGAUGAUUUGUCUGAAAUAUCUACUAUUGACCUUUAACCUUCUCUUCUGGCUGGCAGGUGGAGUGGUGAUGGCGGUGGGGGUGUGGACCCUGGUAGAGAAGAGUGACUACAUCAGCCUCCUCAACUCCACCUUCUACUCUGCCUCUGCCUACAUCCUCAUAGCUGCCGGGGCUAUCGUUGUCUUCACUGGGAUCGUAGGCUGCUGUGCCACCCUCAAGGAGAUGAGGAGUCUGCUAAUAGUGUAUUUCAUCCUGCUACUCUGUAUCUUCUUGCUGGAAAUUGUAGCUGGAGUCCUGGCCUAUAUCCAGUACCAGGAGUGUUUCCCUUUCUGCAAGCAGCUAGAUAAGGAGCUACAACACAACCUGAAGGACACCAUGGUUCAGAAAUACCAGCAGUCUGGAGAGGAGAGCAUCACCAGUGCAGUGGACAAGCUGCAGCAGGAGUUUAAGUGUUGUGGUAGUAACAGCUCGUCAGACUGGUCAGACAGUGUGUGGAUCCUGACACCUAGCAACGAGAGACUGGUCCCAGACAGCUGCUGCAAGACACCCAGUCACCUCUGUGGCCGCAGAGACCACCCCUCUAAUAUCUACAAGGUGGAGGGUGGAUGUAUCACUAAGCUGGAGACGUUCAUUCUGAGCCAACUGCAGAUCCUGGGAGCAGUGGCGAUCGGGAUCGCCUUCCUCCAGCUCGUAGGGAUGAUUCUUGUUUGCUGCCUAUAUCGAAGUCUGAAGGAGGAGUCGUACUGAGCAUCGCUGAUGUCACAACAACAACAGCAAGACGACAACAACAACAACAACAACACAACCACAACAACAACAUAUUUACCAGUAUUUAGAUAUGCUUUUUCUCUGUCUCGGACGCUACAUAUGUCUCAUGUAGAUAUGUGGAAUGAAAAGUCUUUUUUUUUUCAAAGACAAAAUUAACCUGUUUUGAAGUUUAGGUAAGGCAGGCAGCAGGAAACAGGCAGGCAGAAGGCAGGAAGGCAGACAGACAGACAGGCAGGCAAAGAGGCAAACAGCAGACAGGAAGUAAGCAGCAGGCCAUAGUCUAUUCUGCCUUGGGUAGAUGCUGGUAGAUAGUCUAUUCCUCCUUGGGUAUAUGCUGGUAGAUAGUCUAUUCUGCCUUGGGUAGAUGCAGGUAGAUAGUCUAUUCCUCCUUGGGUAGAUGCAGGUAGAUAGUCUAUUCCUCCUUGGGUAGAUGCUGGUAGAUAGUCUAUUCUGCCUUGGGUAGAUGCAGGUAGAUAGUCUAUUCCUCCUUGGGUAGAUGCAGGUAGAUAGUCUAUUCCUCCUUGGGUAGAUGCAGGUAGAUAGUCUAUUCCUCCUUGGGUAGAUGCUGGUAGAUAGUCUAUUCUGCCUUGGGUAGAUGCUGGAACAUAGUCUAAUCUGCCUUGGGUAGAUGCUGGAACAUAGUCUAUUCUGCCUUGGGUAGAUGCUGGUAGAUAGUCUAUUCUGCCUUGGGUAGAUGCAGGUAGAUAGUCUAUUCCUCCUUGGGUAGAUGCAGGUAGAUAGUCUAUUCUGCCUUGGGUAGAUGCAGGUAGAUAGUCUAUUCCUCCUUGGGUAGAUGCUGGUAGAUAGUCUAUUCUGCCUUGGGUAGAUGCUGGUAGAUAGUCUAUUCCUCCUUGGGUAGAUGCUGGUAGAUUUCGACAUGUACAGUGCCUUCAGAAAGUACUGUAUUCACACCCCUUAUUCCAUAUUUUGUUGUGUUACAGCCUGAAUUCAACAUGAAUUAAAUAUAUUUUCCUCAUCAAUCUACACACAAUACCCCAUAAUGUUAAACUGAAAACAUGUUUUUGGAAAUGUUAAAAAAAAUGUGUUGAAAAUUAAAAACAAAAAUAUCUCAUUUACACAAGUAUUCACACCCUUGAGUCAAUACUUUGUAGAAACAACUUUGGCAGCGAUUAUAGCUGUGAGUCUUUCUGGGUAAGUCUCAGAGCUUUCCACACCUGGAUUGUACAACAUUUGCCCAUUAUUCUUUUCAAAAUUCAUUCAAGCUCUGUCAAAUUGGUUGUUGAUCAUUGCUAGACAACCAUUUUCAAGUCUUAGAUUUUCAAGUAGAUUUAAGUCAAAACUGUAACUCGGCCACUCAGGAACAUUCACUGUCUUCGUGGUAAGCAACUCCAGUAUAGAUUUGGCCUUGUGUUUUAGGUUAUUGUCCCGCUGAAAGGUGAAUUCAUCUCCCAGUGUCUGGUGGAAAGCAGACUGAACCAGGUUUUCCUGUAGAAUUUUGCCUGUGCUUAGCUCCAUUCCGUUUCUUUUUUAUCCUGAAAAACUCCCCAGUCCUUAACAAUUACAAGCACUCAGUAAUGUGUUGUAUUGGCUUUGCCCCAGACAUAACACGUUGUAUUCAGGACAAAAAGUGAAGUGCUUUGCCACAUAUUUUGCAGUAUUACUUCAGUGUCUCGUUGCAAACAGGAUGCAUGAUUUAGAAUAUAUUUUAUUCUGUACAUACUUCCUUCUUUUCACUCUGUCAUUUAUGUUAUUAUUGUGGAGUAACAACAAUGUUGUUGAUCCAUCCUCAGUUUUCUCCGAUCACAGCCAUUACACUCUGUAACUGUUUUAAAGUCAUCAUUGGCCUCAUGGUGAAAUCGGUGAGCGGUUUCCUUCCUCUCCGGCAACUGAGUUAGGAAGGACGCCUCUAUCUUUGUAGUGACUGGUUGUAUUGAUACACCAUCCAAAGUGUAAUUAAUAACUUCACCAUGCCCAAAGGGAUAUUCCAUGUAUGCUCUUAUUAUGUUUAGCUUUCUACCAAUAGGUGCCCUUCCUUUUGAGGCAUUGGAAAACCUCCCUGGUCUUCGUGGUUGAAUCUGUGUUUGAAAUUCACUGCUCGACUGAGGGACCUUACAGAUAAUUGUAUGUGUGGGGUACAGAGAUGACGUAGUCAUUCAAAAAUCAUGUUAAACACUAUUAUUGCACACAUUGUGAGUACAUGCAACUUAUUAUGUAACUUGUUAAGCUAAUUGUUACACCUGAACUUAUUUAGCCUUGCAAUAACAAAAGGGUUGAAUACUUAUUGACUCAAGACAUUUCAUUUUUUAUUAGUUUGUAAACAUUUAGGAAACAUAAUUCCACUUUGACGUUAUGCGGUAUUGUGUGUAGGCCAGUGAGAGAAAAAAAAUCCCAAUUGAAUCCAUUUUAUUUCAGUCUGUAACACAACAAAAUAUGGAAAAAUUCAAGGGGUGUGAUUACUUUCGUGAAGGCACUGUAAUAUGCCCCAUGACUUUAGCUAAAAAGGCGAGUUUUAGGCCUUAAAUAGGAUUAUAUUGAAACUUUUUAUGCAGAAGUUCAAAUGUGUCUGUAACAUUUGUUUAUUUAGCAUUACUUUUUUGCCUUAUAUUCAACACAUGUAUUUUCAGAAUGUUAUAAAGUGUCUUGUUUGCAUUGUUUAAUCCUCACUUGCUACUGUCCACUGUACACAUUACUUUUACUUUGAAAUGCGUUCAGAGAGAGAAAACGUGUGUUGAACUGUCAUUGGCUAGAUGAAACAGAGGUCGUACUGUCAUUGGCUGGAUUUCCAAACCAGUUCCUGUUUUUAUUUUUAUACUGGGUCAUUAAGUUCUCCUGGCAGCAAGAUAUUAUGCUGGCAGUACAUGGCGGAUUUCUGUUUUCAAAAUACGAGUCCUCCUACAAAGACAUGCUAAACUUUGGGAAUAUCUUUUUUUUUUUACUCUAGUACAGUACAACUGUUUUUCACAGCAUUGCAAUCACAUUUAAUAAAAUAUAUGGAUAAUCUGACACUUUUAUUUGUAAUAUUGAUUUAUUCAUACCAACAUUUCUUUAGAAAGUUUACACCCAUACUGGCGUUGUUAAAAGCUAUUGUUUAGGCUAUAUGUAAAGAAAUACA